UUGCUUGCUUGCUGGCCUGCUUGCCUUCAUGCCUUCACGCACACACGCUACCCUUGCUGCACCUCCUUCAUGCCCUCGUCCAUAGUUCCAUGUCAUGUUCAGUCUGCUAUCAGAUCAGCCGUCAAGGAGGUGGAUGCUGUCUUACUGCUGCUCAAUGCUCAGCUAAAGCGAACCAUUGUCAGCGUUGCAUUGUGGGAUGGAGAACGUGAUACGUCGCACAGCAAAUUGUGCCCAUGUUUGGAACUCGAUCAAGGGGAAGAGGUCAGACUUCAAAAGGCCAUUCUUGCUCGUGCCCUGCAGGAUUCUUUGGAAGAGCUCCUGGUGGAGAAGGACUGGUACAGUGACAGAAACGACUUCACCGUCAUCUUACAGGAUACUCCUCUCAGCACGCAUGUCAUUUCUGAUGAAAUCGGGAAACCUCUCUCUGAGUCCCAAGCGUCACAUGAAACUGAUAAACUGAUGGUGCAGUUGUGGACAAACUUGCUGCAGCCCACAAGUGCCAAACAUAACACGGAUGACGACGGAAACAUCAUUGCAUUGCAAUGUCCAACUGAGGAUCGUCCUUUUGUGAGGACGAAAGGGAACUCGCCUACAAAUCACACCAGCAGCGCCUCUCCUCCCGUCCACCCAACAACUGGCACUAAGAUUCCCUGUGAGGAUGGCAGCCCCUCCGACUCCAUACCCACUUCGGUGCAUGAACUCAGGCCAGGAGAUAUCAGAGUGGUUGCUGCCAUAGGAGACUCUUUGACAGCGGGGAACGGCAUUGGAUCAAGUCAAACAAACAUCGUAGAUGUCCUAACUCAGUACAGAGGUUUAUCAUGGAGUAUCGGCGGCGAUGGAAACGUCACAACCAUCACAACUCUGCCCAAUAUUUUGAAGCAUUUUAAUCCAAACGUGACCGGCUACUCUGUUGGAAAAGGGAAAGAGUACACACCUCAGGCUUUUUUCAACCAGGCUGUCCAAGGCGCUAAAAGCAGAGACCUGUUAAGACAAGCGCACGCCCUGGUGGCCAGGAUGAAGAACUCUACCAUCAACUUUGAAUCUGAUUGGAAGGUGAUCACUGUUUUUAUCGGAGGAAAUGACAUCUGUGAUCACUGCCAAAAUUCUUUAUUUUUUUCUGUGGAGAAUUAUGUCAACAAGAUCCAACAAAGUCUGGAUUAUCUCCACAAAGAGGUGCCCCGGGCUCUGGUCAACUUAAUAGAACCCAUCCACAUUAUCCCUCUCCGAAAACUGCACAUUAAUGCCACACUGAAAUGCCCAACCUGGCUAGUCCAAAUUAUGUGUCCUUGCGUUGUCUUACCAAAGCCCUCUUCGACAGCUUUGAAUAAGUUGGAAGAGCUGAACAGUAAAUAUCAGCUGGUACUGAAUGAACUUGUCGAGUCAAAACGUUACGACACUCGCCGCGACUUCACUGUGGUCAUCCAGCCUUUUUUCCGAGAAGUAAUCGUUCCCGAACUACCGGACGGCCGCGUAGAUCGCUCUUUCUUCAGUGCUGACUGUUUUCAUCUCAGCCAGAGAGCCCAGACUCAGAUGGCUCGCGCCCUGUGGAACAACAUGCUGGAACCUUUGGGAAAUAAGACAAACAAACAGGAUUUUUCCACAGAUAUUGAACUGAAAUGUCCGAGCAAGACUUCACCAUAUUUUCGGACAUAUCACAACAGCAAUUAUACAUAUGUUGCUCCUUCACCGACACCAGCACCUAAUAAAAACUGGGGAAGUGACUUCUCCUGUGUGGACCUAGCUCCAUCUGACACUGUGCCAACAUCAGUUCACAAGCUAAGACCAGCGGACAUCAAAGUGGUGGCCGCAUUAGGAGACUCCGUAACGGCAGGCACAGGUGCCAAGGCCAGGACUCUGCUAGACCUCAAUAGAGAAUAUAAAGGAGUGUCUUGGAGCAUCGGAGGGGACCACACUCUGGACACAGUCACGACACUGCCGAACAUCUUAAGAAAGUUCAACUCAGCCCUGAAAGGCUUCUCCAAAGGUCAGGGGUCAAGACAAAAGGGCUUCAACAUGGCUGAGGAUGGAGCCACGACCCUGAGCAUCCAAGCCCAGAUCAAAGUCCUCAUCAAUGCCAUGAAAGAACACAAGGAUGUGAACUUUGAAGAGGACUGGAAGCUUUUGACAAUAUUUGUAGGGGGAAACGAUCUCUGCCACUAUUGCAUCGACCAAAAUAAUCUGUCCCCCAAGAAUUACAGUCACAAUUUGAUGCUUGCUUUGGACACACUUCACAAAGAGGUGCCAAGGACUUUGGUCAAUCUGGUGGAGAUCAUGCAGAUUGACACUUUAAAGGAAGUGAAGAAAAACACUCUAGGGUGCUCCCUCCUGCAGAGAAUAAGCUGUCCUUGCGUUAUCAACCCUACUGAAAACUCCCCAGAGUUGGAAGAGAUCAAACGGAUCAAUCAUGAAUACCAGGCUGAAAUCCAUAAUCUUAUUUCUGGAUCUCGCUAUGAUCAGAAAGAGGACUUUGCAGUUGUUCUUCAGCCAUUCUUACACAAUUCUUUCAUUCCUUAUAUUGGGGAAGGGGAAGCAGAUGCCAGUUUUUUCUCUUUGGACUGUUUUCACAUCAGUGAGCGAGCUCAUGCUGAGAUGGCCAUAGCCCUGUGGAAUAACAUGUUGGAGCCUGUAGGUAGGAAACAAGCGUAUAACAACUUCACAUAUGACCGCUCCAAGAUCCACUGUCCCACUGAGGCCAGUCCCUUCAUCUUCACCAAAGUCAACAGUAGCCCAGUGCCACCAGUGACGACCACAACUGUGCCCCCUCCCAACAACAUCACUGCAUUCACGACCAGCACUACACAAACUGCCUUCAUACCCUUGUGUGUCCCCCCACAGCAGGAGUGGGUCACAGUUGUUGUGGGAGUUGUUAGUUUAUUUAUGGGUGUCACUAUUGCUGUACUUAUUUUCUAUUUCGUGCUGCAUAGGAAAAGACAAACUAAGAGUACGGUAGAGUGUGCGGAGUAUGCGGUAGAAAUAAAAACCGCAGCACUUUGAGACAUUUUUUUUUAAAUUGAUUUGAAUGUUUUUUGUAUUGGGCGGGGGUGUAUAAUAUAGUCAGGAAGAGUCAUGAAUGCAAAAGAUUCUGGGUAUUUGUUGUGUUGCGUUUAUGUUGUGUUACUGUGAGGAUGUUCUCCCGAAAUGUGUUUGUCAUUCUUGUAUGGUGUGGGUUCACAGUGUGGUGCAUAUUAGUAAGAAUGUUAAAGUUAUUUAUAUCACAACCUUCAGUGUACCCUGUGUCACCCAGUAUGCCUUGCAGUCGUGUACGUCUAUCUGCGGAAGCCACAUACAACAUGUUACUGGACUGGCAUGAUGUAUGUACAUGUUGUAGAAGGCAUUUAAGGCAAUGGCUUCAUAGAACGACCUUAUUACUGUUAAAUGGGUGGCCACCAGCGGUUAUUCGCGAGAAUGGUUGCGGCUCCCAUUGUCUUUAUUUUGUGAAACGCGUCAAAAUGUAGAGGGCGCUAAAAGCAAAGCCAUCACGGCACGCCCUCAAUGUUUUUGUCCGAGCGAAAAUCGAAGAAUGUUGACCCCAGGUGAUGUCCGGAAUAGGCUCCGCGAAUCAGAAUCCCCCCGUAACAAUCGGGGGGGUCGGCAAUUGUGCAGCUGAGCCACAUAAGAGUGGCCAAAGAGCCGCAUGCGGCUCUGGAGCCGUGGGUUGCCGACCCCUGCACUAGAAGGAUUUUGUUCUAAUUGAUGUCAGACAUGUAAGCAGAACUACAGUCUUUCCUCAAUUAAUCACAAACUAUACAAUACAUUACGUAAGCCAUUGUAGAUGUAUUAUAUAUUAUUUACAGUGUUUUCAUUGAACACUAGUAGUAUAACUCCAGACCACUAGGAAGCAACAUAGUCCCAAAAAGUAGAGGCAUCUCUCGCUAACUACUUCUGCAGGAGUUACGCAUAAGUUAAGCAUGAAACGUCAUUAAAGUUUAAACAUAAAUUAAAAAAAAAAAUGGGAAAGAUAUAAUAAGACUAGAGGGGACACACACUGACAAAUGAUACUUGGCUGAUGGUUCUUCCGUUCGCCGGGAAGUCACUUCCGGUGCAAGCGGCAUUGACAUAAAAUCUUCCAAUAGUUUACAUUUUGAAUGUUCAUUUUGAAAGUAAUGACAACCAUACCAUAGGACGUUAUUACUGAUGAUUGCAUGAC